GCGGAUAUAACCGCGGCGCGGCGCGGCCCCGCCGUCAGCUGCGCGGCCCCGCGGGAGCGAGGGAGUCGCUGCCUCCGUCCCCGCCGAAACGGCUGCUCGGGGGUCUGGGGAAAGGCUCCCGUGGACCCGUCGCCCUCCCCUAGCAUGGGAUGGACGAGCCGUGCGAGCGCGGUGCCUGCUCGCCGGCCGCCGGCAUGAAGGAAGGAGCGGACUGGGAGUCCUGGGGCGCGCCGCUGGGUUUCCUGGAGGGCGCCCAGACGGGCAACAGGAGCAACGUGUCCUUCCUGCAGCUUUUCAAGAGCAUGGACCUGGAGCGAGCUGACGGGAUGCAGGGGGACAGCUCUGACGUCGUGCGGAUUGUCAUCUCGCUGGUGUACUCCGUGGUGUGUGCCCUGGGGCUGGUGGGCAACCUGCUGGUGCUCUACCUGAUGAAAAGCAAACAAGGCUGGAGAAAGUCGUCCAUCAACCUCUUCGUGACCAGCCUGGCAGUGACUGACUUCCAGUUCGUGCUGACCUUGCCGUUCUGGGCAGUGGAGAAUGCGCUGGACUUCAACUGGCUCUUUGGCAAGGCAAUGUGUAAGAUUGUCUCAUAUGUGACAGCCAUGAAUAUGUAUGCCAGCGUCUUCUUUCUCACUGCCAUGAGUGUGGCUCGAUACCGCUCUGUGGCUUCCGCUUUGAAGAAUCAGCGGCGAGGUGACCCACUGGGUGGCUGCUGCUCUGCCAAGUGGCUUUGUGCACUCAUCUGGCUGUCCGCUAUCCUGGCUUCCCUGCCCCAUGCCAUUUUUUCCACCACUGCCACUGUCUUUGAUGAUGUGCUCUGCCUUGUCAAGUUCCCCGAGGGCCGAGGCAGCAAUGCCCAGUUCUGGCUGGGUCUGUAUCACAUCCAGAAGGUGCUGCUGGGCUUCGUGGUGCCACUGGCCAUCAUCAGCCUCUGCUACUUGCUCCUGGUGCGCUUCAUCAGUGACAAGCAUGUUGGCAGCACCUGCAGCAGCUCCAGCACCAAGCGCCGCUCCAAAGUGACCAAGUCAGUGUCCAUUGUGGUGCUGUCUUUCUUCUUGUGCUGGCUGCCUAACCAAGCCCUCACAACCUGGGGCAUCCUCAUCAAACUCAACGUGGUGCACUUCAGCACUGAGUACUUCCUCUCCCAAGUGUACCUCUUCCCUAUCAGCGUGUGCCUGGCCCACUCCAACAGCUGCCUCAACCCCAUCUUCUACUGCCUCAUGCGCAGGGAGUUUCGCAAGGCACUGAAGAGCCUCCUCUGGAGGAUCACCUCACCUUCCCUCACCACCAUGCGUCCUUUCACUGACACCACAAAGCCCGAGCAGGAGGAGCAGGCCCUGCAUGCCUUGGUGCCUGCCCAACCCGUCACUGCUGCUUCCCCUGCUGCAGCCUUCCAGCCGGAGGUGGCCUACUACCCCCCUGGGGUGGUAAUGUACAGCAGCCGCUAUGACCUGCUGCCUGCUAGCUCCACGGAGCAGCGCUGCUGAGAUGGGCAGGGGGCUCAGGGGGGUGGGACUGUGUGUUCUGUGCAAGGUAUGGCCCUGGGAUAUUGAAUGCCAGGUAGGGACAAGGGGAGGAGGGAUGGGUAAGGGAGGGUUUCUGUGUGAGAGAUGCUCUUUUGGGGUUGUGUCUGCUCUUGGAACCUUGUUGAUGGCAAUUGUCUUGAAAAUGUCUCCCAGACGGGAGAAUAGGAGUAGGAGGAGGCAGUGGUGGUGCACUGGGGAUUGCGGUGUCUCUAGGAAAUGUUUUUUAGUGCUUGUACCUCCUCUGGAGAAGAGGAACAGGGGAAGGUCACAGGAGUAUGCAGGAUGUGCAAGGCACCAUAGGGAGGAGAGGGGCUGGGUGGGGUGGAGUAAGACUGGGUGGCCUCAGCUGUGUCCCCCCAACCUGGAGGUGCAAGCAGAAAGAGGCCAGCAUCCCUCCCACCCCUCUGUACGUGUUUGUGACAGGGGGAGGGAGCUGGGCUGCCUUCUCACAGCUGCAUGGCACCAUAAAUGAUGCCUGCCCAGCUGUGGUCACUGCUCCCUGGGCUCCAGUGAGGGCACAGAGAUCAGACAGCCUACCUCCUGUUUCAUACCUGCCCUGAUGGGAACAGCCAGGACAAGUGGGUAUAAGGCUCCUGCUUGUUCAGGCUUGAUCCCUUUCCUCUCUCUUAGGGACCCAGGAAAGAGAGGGGAGGAGCAGCACUGUGCUCCCCUCUGCAUCUGUGUGGGAUCUGCUUUCCCAUCUCCCCCCAUCCCCUCUGCUGCUGCCAGAAUAGAGAGCAACCCUAACAGCCAAGGAUGAAACCCAAGGACAGGACUUGCAGCUUCAUGGAGAGGUGUUGCUUUGCCCAUGUUUGGAGGGGAGGGUGUGAGCCCCCCAAUAUUAUGUUCCCCAGCCUUGCACCAGGGAGGGAAGCCCACCACCCCAAACCUUGUGCGGCAAGGCGGGUGUCUCUCCCAGAGCACUGAGGCUGCAGGCUUUGUUCUUGCUGUGCUUCAGACUGUUUGUAUUUCACUCCAGGAUAUCAGCACAACUGUAAAUAAAAAAAAAAAAAAAGGAGAAAACACAAAUCAUAGCUGCUUCAAGCCACUUGCUCUAGGAUACUUCUGGGUUCACCUAAGACCAAGCACAAAGGUUUUUGUUCUGAUAAAGUGUUCAAUUCCUCUGGUGUGAGCAGCCCUCAAGCCUGCGGUUCAGUGCUCUCACACCCUGGAGAAGUGCAGGGAUAAUGCUUGUCCCAGCCUGUGUACCAGAGAAACAUCUGGGAAAUAAUUUGAUGUUGAUCUAAAAUGAACUUCUAAGGGCAUGAAAAAAGUGUAACUUUAAGCUGUGAAACUUUUUAUGGUAGGGUUACUUUUUAAAAUAAUUUUUUAAAUUAUGAGGAAAAUAAUUUUAGAUGGAAAGUUAAAAAUAUUUCUUUUAAAAGAUGGAAGAAUGCAGCAGUUCUUGUUUUGUUGUCAAAACACAAGUUUGUUAAUCCCAAAUACUGCAUAUGGGUUGAAUAUAUAGAUACAAUAUUCAGAACCCCUCUCUGUUUCCAGCCACUUCCCCCUCUGCCUAACUCCAAGAUCUGCCCGACUCUGCUAAAAAAAAAAAAAAUCUGCAGGGGGUUGUUUGUCACCUCUAAGUACUGAUGUGGAGCAAAAUUGGCAUUUCUUUCCAGAGAAUAUUGCAGUGCCAUUAGUGGCAAUUAUGCUUUGUAGACUCUAUUAGGUUUACUGUACAUGUUGGUAACUCCUGUUGUAAAAUUCAGGUUUGGUGUGGAAGCAACUGGUUCUGUAACUUGAAAGGAGAAGCUGUUCUGUUUUUUUUUCAAGGCAAAAGAGACUUCUGCUACAGCCUUGGGUGCUUGCUAACUGGGAAGAUCCAGGUGACUGGAGAAGAACAGCAGAAGCGAGCUGGCAGCUGAUGGACGUGCUUCUAUAGAAGCAAAGACUUUGAAGAAAUCAGACAUAUCCACAGAAGAACUUGAGCAUCUACGUACUGUACAACUGCCCCUUUAAGUUCCUAAAUCCUGACUUGGCUGCCAGUUGAAGUGUGUAGGUACUUAAAGUUUUUUCUAGUAAAACUUUUUGUGCCUAGAAGUCUGCUCCUGAGCAUGCCUAAAUCUGCUUAAGUCUGUAGCAUUAUCUCUGUGCUUCAUGGGGAUCUGUCAGGACUGGCCGCAGUGUGUAUCCUAAGUGAGGGAGGCAGCUCUGCAGCCCAGCAAGGAACACCUGUGCCAGGCCACACUAAAUUAGGAAGCACUGUAAACUUAACUGAUUUCCCCCCAUCCCUUUGCAUCUCUGUCUAGAUAUGCUUCUCCUGUCCCACCUUCAAUGCAUGAGCAGAUUAUGCUUCCUCCUGUUCCUUUCUGAAACACUAAAUAAGUGGGUGGAGCUUUUGCCCACAGACUAGGAGGCUCAGCUUCCCUGCUUCCAUAUCCUCGGGGAAUGACUGAAUCUCUGGACUACUCUAUGACUGCCCAAAUCCUCUGGCUUGAAACAGUUCCCUGUUGCAUGAGUCACUCACCAUUGCUGGAUCAUAAAGGGAAAAAGAGCCCUUGAACACUUCUUUGCAGCAUAGUGGUUAGGGUGUGAGACCCAAAGGGAAAGUGACAAGGCUUUUUUCCCUUGUAAAUACAGAAGAGAAAUUGGAUCCAGUUCUGGAUUCUAGGUCUCCCCUUUCCAAGAACAAUGAUUAACUUGGACCAAGGUGCUGGUUCAGUUAAAGUUUCAGUAUGUCAUGCAAGAGCCCGAGAGCUUUCUAGACCUGUACAUCUAGCAGCCUAAUUUGUCAAAGGAUUUGCAAGAAAUGCAUCUGGGUCUCAUUCUGGGAGAAAGCCCUAAUGCCUGUGCUAACAGAUAAAGAAAGCUAAACUGUUGUGUGAGAAAAGGAUACCAUGAACACUUAAUUCCAGUGUUCAGAGAGAUCUAACUGUGUCUCUGUAGGCCAGGAGAAAGUGCCUAAAUUAAGAAAAGGGGAUUAAUCUCAAAGCCAGACUAUCUUCUUAGUGUUUGCUUUUGAAUACCAUAGUUUCUUGCUUGGCUUGCCGUAAUUUUAAUCCCUAUCCUGAUGCCUAAAUGUUCUUGUGCAUACAUAAAAAACUAUCCAGGUGUCUAAAGCAUAACUAUGAAUUCCAGUAGAUAGCAAACUGCCUAAAAGACAUUCUCUUCAGUGCUCAGCAUGACAAAACCCAUGUGCUUUUGUGGGUGUCAAUGUAGACAUAAUUUUAUGUCAGCAAAGCAACACAGUAAAAUAGAUGAUGUUCAGAAAAAAACCCUGGUUAUCCCAGAAUACUAGCAAGAUACCAUACUCGGAGGAAGCCCCAGAUAUCUGAUCACUAAAGGCAUAAAAACCUUACAUUUGGCAAAUCAUCCAAAUAGGAAAAUACCUUGGGUGUGUAGGGACUGGACUAUGGACUUAGAGAGCAGCUCUCUCAAGGUGCUGAUCCAUCAAGUGUAGGUCAUGAAUCUUCUGUUCAAAAGAGGCACAACCCACCCACAAUUGGCCAAAUGUUGGUUUAGGCCAAAAGCAACCUGAUCCGGCAGUUCAGGUUAUGUGGGUCAGUGUGUAUCCAGCAUGGCCAAAAGCACUGUUCUAGCUGUGCAUGAGCAGAGAGAAAUUUUGCUUCACACGUGCUCUGAGUCUCAACUAUCAGUGCAUGAAAUCUGGGCUCUGUGUUGCAUGGGCAGGAUCACCAGCCUGGGCAUUGCAAAGAAGGGUCAGUUCUGAGUGUGCACACAGCACCAGGCCUGUGGUCUGCACAGAGGGUCUUUGCAGCUCCAGCUCUGAGACUACACAUUAACAACAAAUCCUACUGGGUAUCUGAGGGUUUCCUCAGUAAUCAGUACAACACGCUUCAAAAACACUCCUGUUUCCUCCGAAUGUUCGUGUCUUCAUUUGUAACUAUCAUCUUUUCCUGGCCUAAAAUAAA